AUGACGAAUCUCAUCUGUCAGAGAUCCCAUGGCCGGUCAAAAACAGCUGAGGACAUCAAGGCUGUGCGAAGAAGGAUGGAAAAGUGGAAGAGAGGAGAAGUAAGAGAGCUUCUAACUGAAGCGGAAGCACUACAAAAGAAACGAAAGAAAACAUGGAAAAAAGUGAAAGAGGAAGACACAACGAUCAAAUUCUCGGGCAUGAUGAAACAAGGGAAAGUGUCAAUGGCGAUAAGAGCACUGGUACUAGAUGAUGCAGCAGGGACCUUGCCCUUAGAUGACACUACACGUAAGGCACUCAGGGACAAGCACCCCCCAGCGAGAGAAGCCACUCCCGAUACAAUGUACGGAGGAACCUACAUCCCACCAGCAGCAGCAAUAUUUGAUAGAAUUACAGGUGAAGAUAUCAGGAAACACGCCCUCCACACAAACGGUGCGGCUGGACCCUCAGGAAUGGAUGCCAAAGCCUGGAGGAACAUACUAAGCCAUGCGAGAUACGCUAGUGUUGUGAAUGACCUUUGCAACACGAUUGCAGCCAUGGCAAGAAAAAUGGCAACUGACACCUGCCAAGAUAUAGAGGCCUUCACUGCUUGCCGUCUCAUUGCCCUAGAUAAAAAGCCAGGCUGCCGCCCUACUGGUGUCGAUGAAGUGCUAAGGCGAAUAGUGGGGAAGGCAAUCAUGGAGGUGACAAAAGACGAUUUUAAGGCUGCAGUAGAAAACCUGCAAAUUUGUGCUGGACAGAAGGCAGGAGGUGAGGCAACAGUGCAUGCAAUGAGAACCAUAUACAGUGACCCUGACUGUGAUGCAGGGCUGUUGGUGGAUGCAACAAACGCCUUUAACAACAUUAACCGCCAAGCAGCAAUCCAUAACACCAGGAUAAAAUGCCCCAGUCUGGCGAUGUACAUAGAGAAUUUACACAGAAAACCAGCCAAACAAUUUAUAUGUGACAGACACACAGGAAAUUCUGACACCAUUGAAUCUGCAGAGGGCACAACCCAAGGCGACCCAGUGGCAAUGGCUAUGUAUGCCAUUGGUCUAUUAAGACUGCAGGACCAUAUAAGCCAUGAAAAAACGCAGGUGAAACAAGUGGCCUAUGCAGAUGACCUGGCAGGUGCAGGAAAAAUAAAUGACUUGAGGAAAUGGUGGGACCUGAUUCAACGACAUGGACCACCACAAGGCUACCAUCAAAAUGCCCAGAAGUCCAUAUCAAUUGUAAAACCCGGAAACAUUGAACAAGCAAAAGAAUGUUUUGGAAACUUGAAGAUACAAAUUAAUGAAGGUGGAGAGAAGUAUCUUGGAGCUGUCCUAGGAAUUGAACAAACAAAAGAAACUUUUGUGAAAUCCAGAGUAGAAGAAUGGAUAAGGGAGAUGAAACGGUUAACUAAUAUUGCAAAAGAAGAACCACGUGCUGCCUCUACCGCAUUCACCUUUGGCUUGAAACACAAGUGGAGAUAUCUGAUGAGGACAGUACCACACAUAGGACACCUCUUACAGCCCAUAGAAGACACCAUCAAGAGGGAUUUCAUCCCAGCCCUCUCAGGUGGGCGAAACCCUACAGAUUUAGAGAUGGCCAUCCUGGAGCUGCCGCCAAGAAUGGGAGGCAUGGGAAUCACCAACCCAUGCAAAAUAUUAGACACGGAGCAUUUGAACUCCGUACAACUAACAGGCCAUUUGACGCAGUAUGUAAGAAGAAUGCAGAUGGCACAGGAAGUGGGGGCAUCCAACUGGCUCACGGCACUACCUAUUAAAGCCAAAGGAUUUAGCCUAAAUAAGCAAGAAUUUUUUGAUGCUUUGGCUUUAAGCUAUGGCUGGAAUAUGGAUGGAUUUCCACAAUCCUGUUCGUGUGGCUCCCCCUUCAACACAAAUCACGCCAUGAUUUGUAAGAUGGGAGAAUUUGUCGUCAUACGGCAUGAUGAAGUCAGGGACCUCACUGCCUAA